GCAAAGCAAAACAGUCGGUGCGCAACCAUCUUGUCAAAACUGGAGUCGGACACAAAUAAAUAUUAUAAAAUGUCCUAAAUCGCUCGUAAUGACAUAACAUUAUCUUCGUAUUUAGUAAAGUAUUGUGUUUAGUUCACGUUGGUGUUAUUUUCAACGCGGUUAUUAUACAUUUUGCUCAAUAUUUCGAGUUUUGUGUUGCGUCAAAUGACGUCAUGUAUGUGAUUAUUAAACACGUAUCGUGGCUGUCGAGUUUGUAGUUCAACAUGUUAGAGCAGGAUGGCGACGGCGAGCCGGCGCACCACGCGCGCCGGCCGAUGAACGCUUUCCUCAUCUUCUGCAAACGUCACCGGAGCGUCGUGCGCGACAAGUACCCCAACCUUGAGAACAGAUCCAUUACGAAGAUUCUCGGAGAAUGGUGGGCCAAUUUGGAUAAAGAAGAGAAAGCCUGCUACACAGGUCUUGCUAAACAGUACAAAGACGCUUUCUUCAGCGCCAACCCUGACUUCAAAUGGUACAAGCUCCCCGCGCCGCCGCUCCGCACCCACACCUCCCGACCCAGAGAAACCAACGAAAAGGCAAGUGACUCCCCCGACAUAGAGUACCACGAGGUCGAGCUAGAGAAAACCAACAACAACUCCACCAAGGUCGACCUCAACAAGAAACCUACCGAGAAUGUCUUCGAAACUGACUCUAAAACCCUAUCCAUGUUCACUCCCGGGAAACUGGCCGACGAGGCCCAGAUGGGAGGCCUGAGCAGCCUCCUAGCCACCAAGACUGAAACCAAAACUCCAAACCCUUACUACUCACCUCCUUCGUAUAAAAUGAACGCGAUCUCAAACGACAGAUCUCAUACUAUUAUAGCGGCGGAGAUGAAAAAUUUCUCCCGAGAAGAGAUGCUACAAGACGCACUCUCGGAGACAUCUAAGAUUUUUGAAGAGUUCGAUGAACAAAAAGGUCGCCUUUAUUACAGCGUUCCCAACGACCAACUCACUAAUCAGGACGUCAUCGAUCAGAUUGUCGAAAAACGCUAUUCUAGAGACGACGAGUACAGCUACCAGCGGCACUGGUCCGACGACGAAAAGAACAUGAGAUCUGACAGAUCGUGCAAAGGGAAGAGGUACCAGGAGUUCAUGGCUGGAGGUGGACUGAUAGUUAACAAGAGACAGAAAAGAGAUUACUCCGACAAGAUGCCAGACGAAAACUACAACGCCUCGUGUAGUUGGGAGCCUAGUAAUCCGCGCAGCGAAGAGUUCGUCGCCUACGACACGAAACAAUCUAUGUCUCCUAACGAAACUCCUGCCGAAAGCGAAUUUAAAACCGACGACACCGAAGCACCCAAAGCAGACAAUAACUUAAACAAACCAUUUAAGGCUGCAGAUUUUGAUUUAGACGCGAAAAUUAAAGCGUUGCCCUCACUUAGUUUAGAAAAGUUCCAGCAAAAGAAACGUGAGAACAAACGCAAGAAGAAGACUAACAGUAUAAAACCGAAAACUUACGAGAGCCCUCACAUAGUGAACUCGGUUCCUAGGCCUUACCCGAGCGACCGCUGGGAGACGGCCGAGUCCUGGCGCCAGAACGUGAUCGGCAGUCAGAAACGGAAACCGAGGAAAAUCAGCAUCACAAGGCUCGAGAUCAACAGUUUAAUUUCUAGCGUAGAUUUAAAGGAAGCGCAUAACAUCAGCCCCGAGUUCAAGAUCGCGACGGAAGCGCCUUGCGCCGUCCAGAACAUGGAGAUGCGUAAGUCUCCCGGCGACGUGGACCUGCUGGCGCUGGCCACGCUGGCCGAGGUGGCCGCCAGCACGUCCAAGAUAGAGGAGGCCACCAUCGUCGACAACUUGCUGGCCGCCGCCCACGGCGAACACGCUUCCACGGUAUAACAUACCAACACCACUAGCCUUAAAAAGAUAUUCCAAAAAUUAUUUACUUUAUAAUCAGAUAAUAUUUAUAUAUAGAUCUACUUUUACAUACGCAUAAAGAUUAAUAUUAUUGUACACUUUUAAUUGUAGUUUUUAUAAAGUAGAUUAUAGAUUUUAUUUAUAUGGAAAUAAAAAUCUAUAUAUGUAUACUUUAGUUGAGUACGGCGUUUAGGCUGCUACGUUCUGCUUUAUUAGGAAUAAAGGGUGAUAGAUAGGUAAUUAUUGAUAUCACACAAAAUAAAAAAGAAGGCAUAAUCUUAUAUGUUUUAAGGAAUACAAAAGUAAUCCCCAAGAUAGAGUAUAUUAAUGAAAUAGCACGUUCCGAGACAAAACGUGAUUUUACUAAGCGGAACGUGGUAUUUUCAUGUAUUCAUCACAAUUUACUAUAAGUUAUGAAUGCCAAACAUAAGUCAUUAUUUAAGUAUAUACAACCUCAUAUUUGUUUUCAUGUAACAUUAGUUUAUUUAAAUCGCCUUAAUUUAGAUAUAAAAACGAAUACCAAGACACCACAUGCAUAGACUGCAUUGCAUUUUUUUAAAGGUGUUACAUUUCGGCUAGCACGUCGUGCAGGUUUCAUAAAUUUAUUUUUUAUACAUACGUUUUAUUGCGUGUAAAAUUAAUCAAGAUAUUAGAAUCGUCACAUCGUCCCCGUUUUAUUGUGUUUUUGUUAGUAAGCAAGGAGCGGAAUUAUCAUAGCAAAAAUAAGGGAAGGGAGCAUAAAAUGGUUUUAUCGACUGUCGAUAAAGAAAUGAAUUAGAUAAAAGUAGAGGCGAAAAAUAUCGAUAACUAGAAAAGUAGGAAAAUCAUCAUUUUUUUAUGAAAUAAAAGUUUGACUUUCCCCGUCGUAUUCAUUUUAUUACUAUGUUAUUUCUUAUAAAGUGCUGCGUUAAUUAUCGAUAGUCAAUAAAACAUACUGUUCUCUACCUUUAAUGUUACGGUUUCUUCUAUGAUAUUUCCAUAACUUGGUAAUCAGAAAUGUAUGGAGACGUUAUAACGUUUAGUUGAACGCUAGAGUUAUCCUAAAGGCCUUACAAGCCGGCCAAAUUUAUUUGCGAGUAAAACUCGCAAUUUAGCACUUGUGAUAAACCUUUUCUAAGAGUUAGAUGAUAAUUAUGUUUCUCUUAUCAAUCUUUACUUUCACUCAUUCUCUUUUAUAAAUUAUUGUUUAUUGAGAUAUCUACAUUUUACUACCUUCUAAAUCUUAAAAAGAACAUUAUCAUUUUAUUAACUCUUCAUUGUUAAGUAAUAUACAAAUUAAUUGUAUCCCUUUAGGUACCUGAAACUCAACAAAAACUUCAUGUCUAUCAUGAAACAAAAAAAUUACGAACUGUAAUUUUAAGUUAUUUUAACCAAUUUUAAGUUCACACCAUUGUCACUAGCUUAUUUUCGGAACAGUGUUUCUCAAAUAGUUUUUUUUUUUUUUAUUUAUUUGUGAUGGACUUAUUCUGUGAUUUUCUGUCGCCUAUGGAGUUUCCUGAGGCCAAUGAGCUUCUGUUGCAGGUCUAGUCUAAAAUGUAUUGGAAUAAUCAAGUACUAUAUUCGAAAGUGCACUUAUAUUUUUUAAAGUUACAGACAUAGACACGCGCCAUAAUGUGACAUGCUCAUCCAAAGACCAAAUGUAUUUAGCAUAGUAUAGCUAGGUAGGUACUGUAUAAUAUUAAAUUAUAUAAGUGGUAUAUUAUAGUAUCUAUCAUAUAUUUAAAAAUAAAAAUCAUAAUAGUUAUACGACAUUACAAAUGUCCGGAUUUUUAUAGAAUUAAAUGUAGCUUGUUGCA